UGUACUACCCGUCUUCCGGAAAACUGCCUAGCAUUUUCACAGGCAGGCACGCCCCCAAGCAAACAAAACUAUUGGUUUGUGGUUAUGUAUUGUAAGCCUACAUGUAUCGCAGGCAGCAGUGAAAUCCAGGAGGCAAGGAUCAAGACAUCUAAUUCAAGAUGGCAUCCAAGACGUUUGGAAGCAGAGGGGUAGAAGUUCAGAGUUUGUCGGAUGCAUCAAUCAUCCGUAUCCCACCCCAUCACUACAUCCAUGUGUUGGAUCAGAACACAAAUAUUGCUCGAGUGGAGAUUGGACCGCUCACCUACAUCCGCCAGGACAAUGAGAGGGUACUGUUUUCUCCUGUGCGCAUGACAAUGGUCCCUCCACGGCACUACUGCGUGGUCAUCAACCCUGUUGCCCGCGACGACAAUGGUCAGGUGCUCUUUGACCAAUCUGGGCAGGCCAAACUUCGCCAUGCCGAUCUGGAGAUCCGCCUUACUCAGGACCCUUUCCCUCUCUAUCCAGGGGAAGAGAUUCAACAGGACGUGACAGAAUUGCAGAUUGUGUAUCCAGACACCGCGCUGCGUCUGCAGGCACUGCUGGACUUUGAGGAAGGAGAGAAGAGGGUGGCUGGAGAUGAAUGGCUCUUUGAAGGGCCUGGGACCUACAUUCCCAGGAAGGAGGUGGCAGUGUUAGAGACCAUCAAGGCCACAGUCAUUCGGGAGAACCAAGCCAUCCGCCUGCGCGCCCGCAAGGAAGGCGUGGACAGAGGAGGAGUGCGCAGGGUUACUGGUGAGGAGUGGCAGGUGAGCAAGGUGGGAGCUUAUCUACCUGGGGUUCAUGAGGAGGUCCUGGACAUUGUCAAUGCUUUCAUCCUCACUGACAAGAAAGCGCUGCAUGUGCGUGCACUUCGCGCCUUCCGGGAUGCAGGUGGUCGAGACCGACGCACAGGGGAGGAGUGGCUGGUGACCAUGGCAGACCGGGAGGCACAUAUUCCCUCCGUGGCUGAGGAGGUAGUAGGUGUGGUUGGCGUGACCACUCUGAGCAGUAGACAGUACUGUGUAAUCCUUGACCCGGUCGGACCAGAUGGCAAGCCCCAACUGGGGCAGAAGAGGGUUGUCAAGGGUGAACGCUCCUUCUUCCUACAGCCAGGGGAGCAUCUGGAGACAGGCAUCCAGGACAUCUAUGUGCUCUCAGAGGAGGAGGGGCUGGUGUUAAGGGCUGUGGAGGCCUUCAACGACACUGAGAAGCUUGAGGAAGAGGAAGAAGAAGAUGAAGAUGGACUGGGAGAGCAGAGGGCCAUGCCGGUAAGAAAGACCGGGAUCAUCCGUCGCCCGGGCGACCGCUGGAUGCUGCGUGGCCCAGUUGAGUAUGUGCCUCCAGCAACUGUGGAAGUGUUCCUACGGCGACAGGCCAUUCCAUUGGAUGAAAACGAGGGAAUCUAUGUCAGGGACAUUAAGACUGGAAAGGUUCGUGCCGUUAUUGGCCACACCUACAUGCUGACGCAGGACGAGGAGCUGUGGCCCAAGGAGCUGCCUCAAAACGUGGAGGCCCUGCUGUGCUCCAGCAAGGACCCCCUGGCCAACCGAUCGGACCGCCAUGAGGUGGAAGACAGGAAGGUCAGGGACAAGACCAUGGUGGUCUCCUACAGGGUACCCCACAACGCAGCCGUACAAGUCUACGAUUACCGGGAGAAGAGGGCCAGGGUGGUGUUUGGCCCAGAGAUGGUGAUGCUGGGACCAGACGAGCAGUUUACAGUGCUGUCCCUGUCGGGGGAUAAGCCCAAGAGGGCUAACGUCAUCAAGACCAUCUGUCUGCUCCUGGGGCCUGACUUCUUCACGGACAUCAUCACCAUUGAGACAGCAGACCAUGCCCGCCUACAGCUGCAGCUCUCAUAUAACUGGCAUUUUGAUAUCAAAUCUCGAGAGGAUCUGGUGGUGGCUGCUGCUCUUUUCUCUGUGCCAGAUUUUGUUGGUGACGCAUCCAAAGCAAUCGCCUCCCGUGUCAGAGGGGCUGUUGCCUCCGUGCAGUUUGACGACUUCCACAAGAAUUCUAACCGCAUCAUCUGCUCGGCGGUGUUCGGCUUCGAUGACAAACUGACUGUACGCUCCAGUCUCCGCUUCAGCCAGAACGGUCUGGUGAUCAGCAGUGUGGACAUUCAGUCAGUAGAGCCUGUGGACCAGCGUACCCGUGAUGCCCUGCAGAAGAGUGUCCAGCUGGCCAUUGAGAUCACUACCAACUCUCAGGAGGCAGCUGCACGCCACGAGGCGGAGCGUUUGGAGCAGGAGGCACGGGGCCGCCUGGAGAGACAGAAGAUCACGGACCAGGCCGAGGCUGAGAAAGCCAGGAAGGAGUUGCUAGAGUUGGAAGCCCUCAGUGCGGCGGUGGAGAGCACUGGGGCAGCGAAGGCCGAGGCCCAGUCGAGAGCCGAGGCCGCUCGUAUCCAGGGAGAGGCAGCCGUCAGCGAAGCCAAACUGAAGGCAGAAGCUCAACGUAUUGAGGCUGAGGCGGAGCUGCUGCGGCUGGCUAAGGCGCGUGAGCAGGAGCUGCAGUAUAAGAAGGAGACAGACCGCCUGGAUGUGGAACGCCAGCAGAAGAUAGCAGAGAUUGAAAGCCUCCGUUUCAAACAGCUGGUGGAGAGCAUAGGAAGCGACACACUCACGGACAUGGCCAGAGCAGGGCCAGAGCUACAGGUCAAACUCCUGCAAUCACUGGGACUCCAGUCCACGCUGAUCACAGAUGGCUCCUCCCCCAUCAACCUCUUCACCACAGCCAAUGGCUUGCUGGGAGCUCUGCAGGGCCAAGGCAAGUAAGGGGAGAAGAACAAGGAAAGGAGGAGAAGAAGAAAAGCCGGAUGAAUAGAUUCAAAGGAUUCAAAAGCAACUCCCACAUCAUCUCCUAAAGUUUUGUUUUUGUGUUUUCUCAUGUGAACAGACAUGAUAGGUACUCUGUCUAUAUUGUAAUUAAUAAAGGGGUUCCUGCUUCUUCAAUAUACCCUAAAUAUCUGAUAUUAACAGGCUAGAUGUAGAACUUUAAUACAUGCCACUUUAAUGUCCAAUAUAAACAUAAUAAGUAUGUAAGUGAUCAUUGCAUCUGUGCUAGUUCAAGGAUUAAAGGUUAUCAUAUUUGGUC